UACUAAACCUAUUAGUCAUCAGGAUCUUAGCUGCUCAAUGUGGGGGUGGGGGAGCAAGGGCACAUGGAAGAGUCUAAGGUUGGGGAUGCAUCUAGGGGAGUAUUUACGUAUUUUAUAUAUAAAUUUAUUGUAAGGAAUAUAUAUACGUAUAUUUUAUUGAGUUGUAUUGAACAUGAUAAAUGUCUUUGGUACACUACCAGUUAAAUCUUAACAUAAGCAUAGUAUAUUUAUGUUUCUUUUCAGUCCCUCGAAACUUUAGAUUGCUUGAGGAACUUGAACGUGGAGAAAAGGGUAUUGGAGAUGGUACUGCGAGUUAUGGAAUGGAUGAUGGAGAUGACAUUUACAUGCGUUCAUGGACAGGCACCAUUAUUGGGCCGCAUAAUU